AUGCUCAGAUCUUGGUCUAUUAGACUGAACACGGGAACACAUCUCGCUUUGUGUGGAUGUAAUGAGCAUGAGCAGGCCGUGGGCCCUGGUGCAGGAGAGGAUCAGGACAGCUCAGGAUGGAUUUUCCUCCUGACCGCUUCCAGACCUCUCUUGAACUGGACCCAGUUUGGAUACGGUGACUCAGACCAGAGAUACGUGCCACCUUGCAGGCAGCUGAGCAUCACAAUGUCUGACAAACUGAUUGAGCUGGAAGAGAAUGCCACCCACACAGGUCCAAAAGGAGUCAUUAAUGACUGGAGAAGGUUUAAAUUGGAAAGUAUGGACAGAGAAAACUUGCCUCCUGCAAAAAGGGAACUGCUGAGACAAAUGUCAUCACCCAAUAAAUCAAAAGAUGCCUCCAGAGCGAACCUUAACCGCAAGAUGAGUGUUCAGGAGUAUGAACUCCUUAAGGAGGAGGAUGAAGGUUGUCUAAAGAAGUACAGAAGGAGGUGCAUGGAAGAGAUGCAUAGCAAACUGAGCUUUGGGCCAAGGUUUGAAGGUGUGCAUGACCUGGACAGUGGAGAGGCCUUCCUCGAAGUCAUAGAGAAGGAACAUCACAGCACAGUGGUGGUCGUCCACAUCUACAAGGUUGGAGUCAAAGGCUGUGAGGAGCUCAACAGCUGCCUCGACUGCCUGGCCACCGAGUACCCCACCGUAAAGUUUUGCAGGAUUGACGCUGUCGCAUCUGGCGCUGCUGAGCGUUUCUCUGACGAAUACUUACCAACGCUGCUGGUGUAUAAGGCAGGAGAACUGCUGGGGAACUUCCUGUCCUGCACACAGCACCUAAAUGAGGAGUUCUUUGCAACCGAUGUGGAGGCAUUCCUCAACAGCUAUGGCCUGCUGCCUGAGAAAGAGCUGCCAGCCGAGGAAGAUGAAGAAGAAAACCGUGUUGAAUAAACAAAGAGUGACUGUGGAGGGAGAGCAGAAGCUAUUUCACGUUACUGGAGGAAGAUCUGGAGAGAAAGUUACUCUUUUGGGCUUCAGAAUAUAGGAUAAUACCUUCUAGGUAGGGUACAGUAGGGAUGGAUUGUUUUCUAAAAGAAAAUAUUACAUUCAAGUGGUGAGGACACUUUGGUACCCCAGACAUUGGAGGUGCUGAGGAAGUCUGUGUGUGUCAGAGUAAAAUGUCAGGAUGCCGUGCUCCUCAUCGCCGACCUAAUAAAAGCCAAAACAAGCUAAUUUUAUUUUUCAAAGUUAGGAAAUGUUUCAUUCUAUAUAUACUUGUAUAAAAUUGUUUGUUUAUAGCCUUUCGUAGCAUUGAAAUGAGUACGCAUGGUGUACACUUCUGUUAUUUAUAUAAGUCAGGACUGAUUAACAUUGGAAUGGCUAAAAUGCUCUUGAUGUUUUAACUUUUGUCUUCAAACAUACUUACUCUUGUCUCUUUAGCCAAUGUGAUGAUAAGUGAGUAAUGUGUCUGGAAACAAUGAAUCAGCAUAAUUUUCAUCAUUAAAAUGGAAACAGAGAA